AUGUUGCGAAAUGUUGCGUGUGGACGGACGUCGGCGUGGCCAAACAAUGAUGUGCGUCCAGAGUUACAGACUUUAUAUGGACAUAUCCUUUGCUCUGCAUUAUUGUGGUUCCUCUAUGGUCUUUGGGUCGUUGGAUCAUUGUUUUUCAUGGGUCUGUGGCUCAUCUCAGGCUUUUGUUUCACACAUGCAGUCUUUAAUGGAGUUUUUCAUGGCAAUUGGACAACACCAUUGCCAUUUGCAGUACAGUUAAAUGUGCUUGUAAUGGCUUUAUAUGAAGGAUAUCAUUAUAUCACACGAGACACGCAACACACGUGGCCAUUCAUGCGACGUAUAGCUCGCUAUGUGUGUCAACACUUUCCCUACUUUCGUCUAAACGUUGUAGUGGUUGAAGCGCAACAGGAGAAGGACGAUACGACUCGGCACUUAGAUGCAAAGGAUGCAAUUGCAGUCGUUGAGGAGAACAAGAGAACUUCGUGUUUUGAGUCGAACAAGCACGCACUCUUUGCGUUUCAUCCACAUGGUGUCCUGUCUUGUGGUUUCUCGAUCAAUGGUGUACACCACGUGGCAUUUGAACGUGCGGCUUGCCGUUGGAUAUCGGCUAAAGCUCUCUUUUUGUUUCCGAUCAUGCGUGAUGUUUUACAUUGGAUGGAGUUUAGUAGUAGCACCAAGGAGAGUAUGCAGAGGAUCAUGCGUACCGGUCAAAACUUGUGUUUGUUACCAGGAGGAAUCGAAGAAGCAACGCUGUAUCAACGAGGGAGACACCGCGUGUAUAUUAAGAAACGUCUUGGAUUCAUUAAGUUGGCCCUACAGCAUGGCUACGACAUUUACCCGGUAUACACAUUUGGUGAAGAGUACACUUAUCAUGCGUUUCCGCAUCUGCAGUGGUUGCGAUGCCAGCUGAACAGAUUUCGGGUCCCCGGUGUCAUCUUCUUUGGCAACCCUCUCUGUUUCUACUUGCCGCGCUCGGACGUGGAUUUGAUCACUGUCGUCGGAAAGCCAUUACGUCUGCCUCAUGUCGAAAAUCCGAGCAAGGAAGUCAUUAUGGAAUAUCACGACAAGUACGUCGAAGCACUCCAAAGUCUUUUUGACUCGUACAAGGGAGUCUAUGCCGUUGAUCCUGACGCAAAACUAGAACUGUUCUGA